UAUGUACGGAUCAUACUAGUCGAUCAAACUGCGAAAAAUUUGAAAGAUCAUCCUUUAAAAUCAACAAGGCAUUAAAAACAAAAUAAACUUCUCUAAAAUGAGUGGAUCUAACGCAAUGUUACAAACUGUCAUUAAAAUAAAUUUUAACAGAGAAGAAUUCGAAAUAUUCAAGAGUUUAUCUCACUUUAGAAAAAUCGUAAACAAAUUAUCAAACGAUAAAAUAUAACCUUCAGUCAUGUAAAUAGAAAAAAGACUUGAAUAAACAAAAAUGUUACCGCUGCUAAUUAAAUCGUGAUACAAACAUUUGCAAAUGGUUCAAGCAGCUUACGUCACACAUCUUUAUCACAAUUUAGAUUUCGCUAAAUAACAAGGCCCAAAUAGUCGAUUUUGAAUAAAUAAAUAUUUGUUGCAUGAGCGAAACACAGUUAAAUUUGUUGAAUAAAAUGAGAAUAAUAUUAAAAUUGGUGAUUAUUGGAUUGAGCAUAUUUAUUCUCAUUAAAGCCGAUUCGACUUGUCAAAAAAUUUCCAUUCAGGCAAAGGCUGGAAAAAUCGCUGCACUGAAAACGUGUAACUAUACAAAUGGUUUGCGCUAUGAUAAUUGGUACAAUUUGGAUGAUUUCCGUGCCGUGAAAAGGGCGAAUGAAAUUAAAAUGAAAUUGUACGUGAUUGGGAAACAAGAUGCAUACAUACUUCUAAGCCCAGAAAAAGAUCCUGGUUCCGGCGAUCCUGCUUAUGAAAUUAUGAUAGAUUAUCGAAGCGAUUACAAUGUUAACAAUUAUCACAGUGUUUCAAUUCGACCCCAAAAAGCUGUAUACUUUCCCAAAUCAACUUGGCACACAGAAGAUUUACUCAACUGUGAUAAACCAAAUGAAAUAAACCUUACAAUUAACAAAGAUGAUGGCAUCAAACUCACUGUCAAUGGAGGAAAACAGUACAAUGCUUCAAAAUACAAUAACGUUAAAUAUGUGCGGUUUGAAAGUAAUACUCUAAAUCCAAUUGAUUAUUAUUUCAAUUGUGAUUAACUUUCCAAUGAUGAAAGUUUCAAAAUAGCAUGAAAAUAACAUAAUAAAGUUCAAUUUUUAUUGCUUGAUGAUUUAA